UUCAAGAUUGGAAAGACUUUUCCAUUAGUUCAUGGUAUCAGCUAUUCUCAGAAGAAACAAUUAAAAGCAUUAUCAUCAAGUUGGAUAAAGAAUUACUCAACAUAAUAUUGAACUGCAAUAAUGGGGAAGAAUCUGAAGAAAUUGAAUGUUCUGAACAAUGUUUGGUUCCAAUACGGAAUGCGUUAAAUGAUCUGAAUAAAAAUGCUUUUGUUAGAAACAACUGGCGUUCUCCUUCAAAUAACAAGGGAUUUGGAAACUGACAAAGGAAUUCCCUUCUGUAUAGUCCUUCGACCUUGGCUCAAUAUACAUCCUGCAUCAGAAUUCAGAUGCAUUGUAAUAAAUAAUAUAUUAAGAGGUAUUUCGCCUAGAGACUGGCCCACCUACUAUCCUCAUUUUAAAGAAGAUGGACCCCAAAUUGUGAAUAAUCUCCAUAACUUUUUCAAAUGUAAAAUAGCACAUAAAUUUCCAAGGUCAAAUUUUAUAUUUGAUGUAAUUCUGGUUUUGCCUGAUGACCCAAUCAUUGUGGAUUUUUCUCCUUUGAAUAAUAAAUCAAACUUACUAGCCUUCAGUUGGAAGGAAAUACAUCCAAUAAUUAAAAAGAAUUCAUUAGAUGAGGUAUCACCAGUUUUUAGGUAUCUUGAGUCUGAUAUUGGAAUUAUGACAAAGGGAAAUGCACAAUUGAAAUUUUCAAAUAUUGCAUAAAUGCCUAAACACUAAACUUAUUCGGAUAUGGUUAUUUUUUUUAAUUAUUGGUAUUAUAUAAGUGAAACAAAUCUCUUUUCAGUGAACAAUUUGAUAUAAUAUAAUUCCUCCUUAAACAUCAUGAUGGAAACUUAUACUAUGUACCAGCAUUAAUAGUUUCACAAUAAAUAUUUUUACCUAGAA